CCCGCGACUCGCCCCAUUCCCACCAAGUCGCUGCAAGCUGUGCGAUCCUUCCUUUCGCUCCCCCCUUCUGCCAACGCUCUCAAUUGUCACAAAAGUCGACAGACAGCAACAUCAGCCAUGCCACCCAAAGCCGCCAAGCCUGCUGCUGAGAACAUUAAGCUCGGACCUCAGGUCCGCGAAGGCGAGAACGUCUUCGGCGUUGCUCACAUCUUCGCCAGCUUCAACGACACUUUCGUUCACAUCACCGAUUUGACCGGCCGUGAAACGAUCUCCCGUGUCACUGGUGGUAUGAAGGUGAAGGCCGACCGUGACGAGUCCUCUCCCUACGCCGCCAUGUUGGCCGCUCAGGACGUUGCCGUCAAGUGCAAGGAAGUCGGCAUCACCGCUGUCCACAUCAAGCUCCGUGCCACUGGUGGUAACGGUACCAAGACCCCCGGUCCUGGUGCCCAGAGCGCUCUCCGUGCUCUUGCCCGCUCUGGCUUGAAGAUUGGUCGCAUUGAGGAUGUCACCCCCAUCCCCACUGACAGCACCCGCAGGAAGGGAGGUCGUCGUGGUCGUCGUUUGUAGAUUGUUUCCCUUUACACUCUACAAAAAGAUGUCCCCUUGCGCCUUUUCAUCCGACUUCUCCCUGGAAGCCUUACUUUCAAUCCUCCUUCGUCGUCUUGCUGCCGAUUAUACAUACGUAUGUCGCGCGUGAAACGAUGAAAGGCUGUUGUUAGUACCCUCUCAGAUUCCCGCACCAGCUUUCCAAUCCACUCUUUCCGAUAUCCCUUGUACCACAAUUUAUCUAAUGCAUGUCAAUUGAUCGCAUUGGAUGUCUUGGAU